GUGUCUUAAUGAGAACGCAGGGUCACGGGACCCGGGACCUGCAGUUUCCAUCCCUGUAAGCACUGUCCACAGCUGGUUGUGCUAAAGCUCUUCCAUUCCCUCCAUCCUCCUUUUUUUUUUUCUUCUGAGUUUGCAGAGCAAACAAUGAGCUUUCCAUCCUCAGUACUAGCCUGCCCAUGGGUAUCCUCAGGUCUCUAUGUGAAUCAUUUUUUAUAUGGUAUGAGAUACAUAUAAUACAAUGCAUAAGUCUUAAGCCCUUGGUUUGAGAGACUAAAUACAUGGACAAAAGGCUGGACCGUAUCUAAACAUAGGACUCUGACCACCAACCUGCAGCAACCAGCCCAGAAAACCAACACUUUAUCUAUAAUAACCAGCCCAGGAAGCCAGCCUGCUAGAUGGCAGAUUUGCAGGAAGCCAGAUUGUUAUCUCUGACAACAAUUCAGAAAGCUGAACAAUUACUUCUGUAACAAUCAACCCCUAGUAGCCGGGGCUUGAUUAAUAACUGACAGCUCUCCUACUUUCUGUCCCUGAUUGCAACUUAGGAUCAACAGAAGAAAACUACAGUGUACUCCUAGACCAUCACAUAGGAUGCUCUGCCUCUAGUUUGUCCAUCUGUAGCUUCAUCAGGGCGACAGCCUCCAAUCAGGGCACACCUGGAGCCUUCCAUUUUUUUCCACUAUAAAGCUUUCCCUCUCCUCUGCCUACCUUUGAGUCUCUGCCAAAAUGCUAACGAUAGAAAUUGACUCUUGUGAUAGAAAACCCUGAAUAAAUAGCCUUUGCUUUUCUCUUUGCUGGCUGGUUAUUAUUCCCACGGGCUCAGUAUGUGUAAGUCUAUGUAAUCACCACCCAGAUCAAGAUACGGAACAUUUCCAGCACCCUGAAAAGCUCUCUCAUCUCUUCCCAGAUGAUACCCAACUGCCAAAACUCCACUACCUAGAGACAAUCUACUCUGACUUCAAACAUAAUAGGCAUCAAGAGUAAAGGGCUUGGUGUAUGUGGCUGGAUCCUGCUUUUCCUUUCUUUCCUGCUGAUGGUCAUUACCUUCCCGAUCUCCAUAUGGAUGUGCUUGAAGAUCAUUAAGGAGUAUGAACGUGCUGUUGUAUUCCGACUGGGACGCAUCCAAGCUGACAAAGCCAAGGGACCAGGUCUGAUUCUGAUCUUGCCCUGCAUAGAUGUGUUUGUCAAAGUUGAUCUUCGGACCGUUACUUGCAACAUUCCUCCCCAGGAGAUCCUCACCAGAGACUCUGUGACCACUCAGGUGGAUGGAGUGGUCUAUUACAGGAUCUAUAGCGCCGUCUCAGCAGUGGCUAAUGUCAAUGAUGUCCACCAAGCCACAUUUCUGCUGGCUCAGACCACUCUGAGAAAUGUCUUAGGGACACAGACCUUGUCCCAGAUCCUAGCUGGCCGAGAAGAGAUUGCCCAUAGCAUCCAGACCUUACUUGAUGACGCCACCGAGCUGUGGGGGAUCCGGGUGGCCCGGGUGGAAAUCAAAGACGUCCGGAUUCCCGUGCAGUUGCAGAGGUCCAUGGCUGCUGAGGCCGAGGCCACCCGGGAAGCCAGGGCCAAGGUCCUUGCAGCGGAAGGAGAAAUGAAUGCUUCUAAAGCUCUGAAGUCCGCCUCCAUGGUGCUGGCUGAGUCACCGGCAGCCCUCCAGCUGCGUUACCUGCAGACCUUAGCCACCGUGGCCACAGAGAAGAAUUCCACCAUUGUGUUUCCUCUGCCCAUAAAUAUGCUAGAGGGCAUUGGUGGCAUCACCUACGACAACCACAAGAAGGUCCCCAACAGAGCCUGAGGUCCUCCUGCUGCCUCCAGCCAUCACUUAGGCAUAUCUGUUCCUAUGGCAACCCCAGCAGUUAGAAGUGUUGAGAAUGUCAACACUAUUCAAGCAGAGUAACUUUACAGCUGGAUCAGCAUUAGCAGGAAAAGGCAUAGAGGCUACAAAAAGAAAAAAGAAAGAAAGAAAGAAAAGAACGGCUGUAUGUUACUUUUAUUUUUAAGAAAGGAAAGAAAACUUUGCAUUAGUCUUAGGAUAAUCAGUAAGUAGGCAUUGCUGACUUAGAGCAGGAACUUUCUUGUUGUAGCUGGGGUGAUCUUUGGGUGACCGUGAUUAAGAUUUCAGAAUUACUUUUUAAUGAGUUUAAUCAGGGCUUCCCUGGUAGCUCAGACGGUAAAGAAUCUUCCUGCAAUGCAAGAGACUUGGAUUCAAUCCCUGGGUUGGGAAGAUUCCCCUGGCACUCUAGAUAAUCGGCAAAGUAACACAUUUAUACUAGCUAUUUGCCUUAUCAAUCGAAAGUGAUUAUUUGCUCACUUUCCAGUUCUAGCUAUCUGCUUUGUAAUUCCAAAGUAGUUAUUAGCUAAAUUUCUAAUUGUGACAACAAAAUCCCCAGAAUGCUUAAAAUUAUGAUUGAUUUUGAUGUUUAGGACUAAAGAGGCACUGAGGCUUCUGGCUGCAAAUUUAUCACCACUUCCCUCUCCCAGGCAGAUUGCCCUCAGCUCCCUGGCUGCGUGUCCUCCUCCUGGGACUGGUGGCCAAUCCUGGCCUCCCAGCACCUUUGUCAGAGGGUGAGAUGAGAUGCUGUGACCCUGCACGCUCCAGUCUGCUUAUUUGUUCACAAGUGAGAAGCUGGCAAAAGGUUGUGUUGUUUUAACUCACUGGGGAACAGUAGCCUGCAAAUUUCAUGUUUUCAGUCUCUCCUUUGUCCCAAGAGCCACAAGUCAUCAAGGAUUGUUUGUAAACUCUACUCUUCCUCUCUAACCCCUGCCUCCAAACCUCUCAAAAAUAAAGAUGCCAUAGAAUGUGAAUGUAUUUUAAAAAUUGCUUUUCUGGAGAUUGUUUUGUUGCCAUGGUGCAGUUUUCUUUUGGGAUCCAUUUUGAGCAAUGGGAUAGAAUUUUUUAA